UGUUUUUCUCGGCAUCACAUUCCAUUUCAAAGAUGACUGUGUGACUGAUGUCAGUGUUUCCAUACUCUUCGAAACUGUGAUUAGGUUUUGAAAGACUUGAGAGAUAAUUUGAGAGCCUGAAUAAAAGAUUGCAAGAACUUGGAAAGGCGGGGAAGCAUAUUCGAGAGGAUAAGCGAGACCACUCAUUUCGUGCGGAUUCGACCACAAUGAAUUCUUUUUCCGAGGAAAGUUACGUCACAGACCCUACGACCACGCAGCCCACUCUCUUCCUCACUCCACUCAGUCAAACCGGAUAUCUGCUUACCGCCCUCUACCUGACCUUAGUCGGAAUCGUAUCCACCAUCGGUAACAUCACCGUCCUUUGCGUUCUCUGUCGGUAUGGCACAUUCCGGAAACGAUCUGUCAACAUCCUCCUGAUGAACAUGGCCGUCAGCGACCUGGGUGUGUCGGUAGCUGGUUAUCCGCUCACAGCGAUUUCCGGGUACCGGGGUAGAUGGGUGUUUGCGGAUAUCGGGUGCCAGUUUUCCGGCUUUUGCGUCUAUGCGUUGUCAUGCAGUACGAUCAGUACCCACGCGGUUGUUGCGAUUUACAGAUACAUCUAUAUCGUCAAACCAUACCAUCGUCCGAGACUUUCGUCGUCCACGAGUUGCUUAGCCAUCUUGUGUAUCUGGACCUUCACCCUUUUCUGGACUAUCACACCGUUCUUUGGAUGGAGCAGCUACACCUACGAACCAUUUGGCACGUCGUGCUCGAUCAACUGGUAUGGGAAAAGCCUUGGUGAUUUAACGUACAUAAUAUGCUGCGUUGUCUUCGUUUUCAUCAUUCCAAUUAUCAUCAUGCUUUACUGCUACAUUGGAGUGGCUAAAAAAAUCAAAGGCAUAGACCCACUGCGGACUGAGGAGAGAGAUAUCGCUGUUGUGUUUGGAAGACUACGUAAACACGAGACAAAAAUUGAUACACGUGUGACAAAGAUAUGCUUCAUGAUGAUGGCGAGUUUCAUCGUGGUAUGGACACCGUACGCUGUUGGGAGUAUAUGGGCGUCUAAAAUCGGUAAAAUAAGUGCGUCCGCUUCGGUGCUCCCGACCAUGUUCGCCAAGAGCUCCUGCAUGAUCAACCCCAUCAUCUUUCUUACAUCAAGCUCCAAAUUCCGGGCUGACCUCGGCAAGUUGUGGAAUCGCCCGUCAUCACCAGAGCACACCAUACGAGUCGAGGAGCGCUCAAGGGAACAGCGUUCCUUCUUCGUCCGACAGAGCGCCCUCCCCGACGCCAUGGUAAGCCGUUCAGCUUCUGUCUACUACGACAAGGAACGGAUAUACAUUGGCGAGAUGCGUGCGGCCAGCAUCCAGAAAGAAGCAGAUCUCCUGCAUCGUGAUCCUGAGGCUAUAUCUAUAGCGUCCUCCACGAGCUCUAGCCUGCAAUUUGUCCUCAAAGAUCGGCAAAAUCGCUACAAGAAAAAGGCGGGAGAAGCAAGCAAGAAGGGUUCAAAUAUCCUCCAUUUUCCCUAUGACGAUACCGAGGGAAGUAUGAUAAACAAUUUGAUGAGGCCAAGGUCCCAUUCAGUCACUUCUGACAAUAUCAGCAGAGUUUUCGCGCCGUCACUUAAGAGACCGACUAAGAAAAGAUCCAUGUCUCAUCCCGACAUUCCUAGUACAUCUGCGGACAUUUUCACCGUGAGCCCUACUACCAUUAAAAAUCUACAGAAACAGUGAUAUGGCAACAAAGUGUAUGGUUGUGUCUUUUGGUUCAAGUACGCGAGUUCUCAGAAAAUAGGGAUGGUCUAGUCAAUAAGUAUGGAGUACAUGGUGCGGGUUUCGAAAACCUGCUACUGUUUACAGUGCUAUUGUCCUUUGGCAAAACAUUAAUCUACAUAUUUUGCCAAUCUCCACCCAGGUAAAUGGGUACUAUGAAGGAAAAAAAAUCCUUGAAUGUUUGAGCAACUCAUCAUGGUAGCAUAGCUACAUCUAGCUGGGGUUAUGCCAUGACUCCAGUGUCCUUAGGUAGGGUCUCCCAGUUGCGGCGGA